AAUUCAAUGAAUGAUUUGUGCUUGUGCGUUUUAUAGUUUUUAACAUUAUUCAUAUUAUCGUGUGAAAAUAGUGAUUUUAAGUGUUUUAUGCCGCGCUUCUUCAAGAAAAAUGCCAACGACGCCAUUAAAAAUAGAUAUAUUUGACGACGGUGUUCGUCCAAGAGAUUGGCAACCACGUAGAUCUCAGUACAAGGUUCCUCUGAGAUUAUUUCGAUUGUGUUUAUUGGGAAUGUUUCUUCCCGCGAUAUUAGUAGCAGUGCCGAUGUACUUACGAUAUCGUGUCUAUUCCGAGCAACUAUACCCUUUAACCGUCUCCGAUCAAAGGCUUAUCGACGCAAAAGUAUCUACUACUUGGUGUCAGAGUCAGAUGAUCAAAGUUAAUACCACAUUUAAUGCCUAUUUGAUGAAUGACGAACCAAAAGUGAAAAACGAAUUCCUACCUGUCUCUAUGACGAGACAUUUGAUUUUAGAGGACGACAUGAAGGAAUAUUGGGGUUUCUAUCUUCUUCGGGGUAGCAGUGUUACCGUGUCUACUUGCGUGAGAUGGCCUGGCGCUUCUUUAACCAUGAUUCGUGGCCACAAACAUCUUCACGAAUGCGCAUUCAUCGGGGAUGAUAGUAGCGAAGAAUUGGAGGAACUUUUGGAAGUUGCUAAAGAGACUGGUUUUCUUGCGACGAACAAUUCGUUUGAGAACGAGAGUCCUAGCAACGAGCCGGAAAAGAUGAAGAGGGUUCAACAAGGUGUACAGUUUCAUCACAAAGAUCAUCUCUCGAACAACUCGAAACAUACGAUGAACGCUAUGCCGCAUCAUUACAACAGUCACGAAUUAGAUGCCAAGGCUAUGAAAGUGAUUCUCACGGAACUUUUUGCCAAAACUCUCGAUACAAAGAAGAAGCAAAAAGAGAAUCCGCACCAUCAUUACGAAGGUACUUUCGUAGAAACGGAUAAUAUCGAUAAACCGCCUAUUCAAUUUUCUACCGAUACGCAAGAGGCCAGAAAUAAACAAAUGGAGAAUAAAUUGAUUAAAACUUUCGAGGCAGUUUUGAGGAGGCAAAGCGUAGCGAGUACCACGGCCGACGAUACUGGUGAAUUAAUAAAAAAGCAUGGAAAGUUUAUGCACAGAGAUGUUGUACGAAACGAGACGAGCGAAAAGGAAACGAAGGAAAUCGAGUCUAAGGAGCCAACAUCCGGGGAAGUGUUUCGAGAUGUUUUGGAAAAGAUUAAUUCGUUGGGUUAUCGGGGUAAAAAGAUUCUGAAGAAACUGAUGGACGAGAUCGAGAAGAAAGGUCCGGAAGGGGAAGCUUUACGGCAGGCGGUGAACAAGACGAUGUACGAUCACACGCUUUCGAAUGCUGAGAAACGCAGAAGACGAAGAGACCUGGUCUUAUCCUCCCCUCUUCACAAGGAAUUAACGGAGGAGGACGAAGAUGACGAUGCAGCUCUCGAAGAGGAUAUGUUGAAUCCGGAUGGCAUAGCCGAGGACAGAGGCACCGUGAACGAGACAACGUUGAACGAUAGAAGCAAUUCCGAAUUUUGGAGCUCGUUCAGCAGUUCCGAGGAACGGCUUCUUGAUUGCAAAGGAUUGAUUCUAAAUUUACCUUUAACACCACAUAGACAAUGUACUCCGAGACACGAGAGCGAACAUACGGUCGCUUCGUUUGCCAACACGAUUACAUAUAGAAAUACCAUAUGCGGCCGCAAUAAUGGAUCAACGAAGAAUGAGAGAAAAAAAUCACCCCUCAAAUGGGGUGGCAUCUACGAACAAGGCACGCGACUCCAUUCAAGGAUAAGGCACGUGCCAUUUAUACGCUUUUUAUCUUCAGAUUAAGGUGUCAGAUAAAGUUAAAAAGCGGGAUCCUAAUAACGGCAUUAAAAGAUAUACCACUACGCAUACGGUCUUAAAUCACGCUCUUAAUUCGUGAGAUCAUUUUUUUUUUCCUUAUAAUCGACAUAUUUCUGGGAAUUUUCAAAACCGCAAUUGAUAUCCCAAUUUCUUUUUUUUUUUUUAUAUAUAUAUUAACAACAAUAGCUCAACAAAUUGCUCGAGUAUCUAUCGCAAUGAGCUCUUUGUUCCAUCAUCUGGUUCUAUAACAAUGGAUAAAGAAAGAGUUUCAAUGAAGUCGUUCUUUUGUUAUCGGUGCGUCAUGUGCAUAGAGGCUCAUGACUAAAUCUAUCUCCACCUUCUUCCUGUUUCAUCCCGCUAACAUCUGACUCCAAGAUGCCUCCUACACAAUUAAACAGCAAAUAACAUCAGACCCGUGUCCUAUCUAAUCGCGAACGUUAUCAAAAGUAUACCGAAGUUCAUUUUUUCUUUCUUUCUUCCUUUCUUCUUCUUCUCUUUUUUUUUCUUUUCGUCUUGAACCAUUCAUCUACGUAAACAUUCUUUCGCUAUAAUGUUCUUUACACGAAUUAAAUCAUUGAUAUUUCAAUAAUAUUGCAUUCAAUAACACAAUUAUCUAGAUUAUCUAACAAAAUAUAUUUAUCCACAAACUAGUACGGUAUAAUAACCGGUCGAUUCUGUGAAAUUAUACAAUUACAUUAUACAAUGAUGCAACGUGACACGUAAUUGACAUGCUAAAUUACGUUCAAUAAUUUAUUGCGUACGAUGUUUAAUUUAAUCGUUAAUUUAUCUAUAGUCACUUCGAGUUUAGACGAAAUUAUCUAGCUCCCACGCAGAUUGGCCGGUAAUAGCGCUCGAAUGAACACGAUCGGAGAUUUAAUCAUUUAAUCGGGAUCGCACGAUGACACUCUUCGAUUCAUCCCGCUGGAAAAUCUGUAGCACCCUUCGGAGGUGUCACAAUAAAACAGCUCGUGGCUGGUGGCCACUUGACAACUAGGCUAGGGGCUUCUCAACCCCUAAUGUAUAUUAAACAAGGCUCCUCCCUCUCCCUUUUUUUUUUACACCUCCCCAGAACCCCCCGUUGACUCUGCGGGAUUCGGCUAAUAAGAAUCUAAUUGUUUGGGAACUUGGGAGAAAGAAACUUUUCCAUGUAAAAAAAUUUUAUCGCGGAGAUAUUUUUUUUAAAUAUUAAAUUAUAAUUGGAAACUUUAGUGUGCUCAAUGUAGAAUAAAAUUUUCACACGUAUAAACAUCGAUUCGAUCUUUUUCUCUAUUUAUAUUGAUUUGUUUGUUGUUAAUGUUAUCUUCAAUUUCUUUCGUGAUUAGAAUGAUUUCAUAAGUGAAAAUAUAUGAAAUCAUAUAUUUUUCUUCUUUCUGUUUAUAGAAUUGAAAAGAAAAGAUGGGUUUGUAGCAGCUACAUAUAUUUAAUUAUAAUAAUUUGAUUCAAAAUGAACGAAUCUAGAAUAAUAUUUCGAACAAUUUCUAUAAUAAAUAUAUUAAGAAGUGGUUGUCUUAUUCCACAUUCAUUUAUAAGACUAUUCUAAAACAAAAUUUAAUAAAUUGAAGGAAUUAACGGAUAAUAAGCAAGGCAUCGUUUACAAAUAUAAACAAAAGCAGAAAUAAUCUAUAUCAAAAACCGUUGAAUCGAGAAUUACACAUGUAUUGACGGUCAAAAUUGUUUAUUUCGAAAUUGAAACAUUAUUUAUAUUUAUUUUGAAUUUUUAUUACACUUAUUUUAUUGAUUUAGUUUUUCAUCUUUCCAAUUAUUCUAUAUAAUAAAUUAAAAUUUCAACAAGUUGUAACAAAUAGUUCCUACUAUAUCACAUUAACAUUAAUUUUCCUUGAGAAAUUAUCCCUUUUUUUUUUUUAAUUAUUAUACAUUAUAGAAAUACCCUAUAAGAUAUGUGUUAGAAAAUACGUUAAAAGAUAUUAAAAACUUUUUAGAUAUUAUUAGAAUCGCAAUGAAAAGGAAGAAGUUUCGUUUUAACCACGAAAUAAUUAAGUUACGUAAUUUUAAUUCAUUUUUACUUUAACACCGUUAAUACAAUUUCAUGACCAUAGAUAUCUACAUGUUCCAAUAAUUUUUUUCAUAGUGGAGCCGUGAACAAUCAAUAUUUCUUUCUUCUCGUCCUGGUACCUAGGGGUUUAACAGCGACCUAAGGGUGUUUGGGGGGAUGCUGGAUACGCAUGGAACAGUAUGGGACGGUCCAGAGAGGAGCUCCACCCAUGAGGCCUGCGCUCCGCCUUCGCAAAAUUCAUUUUCUCGGGGGUUGUACUACACUUUCUAUUAGUUAAAUCGUCCCGUUUGAACUCGCCAGUCGGUUUAACAUCAUCAACGAUCGUGUCCUUGGCAAAACUGUUGACAUCCUUGAAUUCUCGUAGUCAGUUUUAAGUUAAAGUGACAACGUUAUAUCAACGUAUCGCGCAUCCCAAAUGAGACAGUGUUAAGGUGAAAGUGAACUAUAAUCGACUUUUCAAAAUGGUAAGGAUCUAUCUUAUUAACCAUUCGUUUCAAUAAAUAUUUUACGAGUGAAUAUUUCGUAAAAAUUAUUAC